AUGCAGUUGUACUUGUUUGUCAUCGCCACAGUUGUUGGCUACGUCGCUUGUUACGAUGUAAGUAAUAGCUGAAAGUUAUCAGUCAUCCAUAUUACUAUGUAAUAAGUAGGUGACCGCUACUUUUUUACUUGUAGCCAAACUGGGAGUCACUGGACUCUUGCCCUUGUCCUGAAUGGUUCGACAAGUCAAAGCCUGGUAUCUUCGUACAUUGGGGAAUGUACUCAGUGCCAGCCUAUGCUACAGAAUGGAUCUCCCGCUACUGGGCUGACAAACACAAAGACGUCCUGGACUUUAUCAACAGAAACUUCCCAGGCCAAAGUUACGGUGAUCUGGCCUCUAAAGUAAGAUAUCAUUAUAGGUUCUUUACUUUUCAAUAUAAGUUAUAACAUACAUAUAAUAGAUUGAUAGUGAAAAUUCAAAACCACUUUUUAGUUUUCUGCUGCUGAUUUCACUGGAAAAGGAUCCGCCGACAUCGUGAAGGCAUCUGGAGCAAAGUAAGUUUAGAAUAGAUACUGUACGUUAUUGACUUCGUAUGAUUCAAAGCUAGAAUAAUACGACGUACAAAAAUUGUAUCAAUGUUAACCUUCAGAUACUUCGUCGUAACAUCCAAACACCACGAUGGCUACACCCUCUGGCCUUCCACGACCUCGCUGAACUGGAACGCUGUGGACAUUGGAGCUCAUCGUGACCUAAUUCAAGAAUUCAAAGAAGGAAUCACUGAAGCUGGCAUCCAUUUCGGCCUCUACUUUUCUCAGAUGGACUGGUUCCACCAUCUUUACAUCUCAGACCCACACAACAAGACUACCUUGUACACAGAUCAGGUCUCCCUAGUUCAGAUGAGGGAACUGAUUCACAACUACGAACCUGACCUUCUGUGGAGCGACGGCGAUUGGGAACGACCAGACACCUACUGGAAGGCUACUCAAUUCAUCGCUUGGUUGUUCAACGACAGGUAUUCGUAUUGUUUUAGGUAACACUCAUCGCUUAUGGUUAAUUUAGCCCUGUGAAAGAUAAGAUUGUUGUAAACGAUCGAUGGGGAGCCGGUAUUCCUGGUCAUCACGGUAGCUACAUCACUGGCACUGACAAGUUUAUGCCAGGAAAGUUAUUGAAACGGAAGUGGUAA